CCUGUUGUUGAUUUGUUGUUGUUGUUUUUGUGUUUGUCGUUGUUGUUUAAUGUUUCCCCCUUAAAAAUGGCCACGAAAUUAAAUGUAAACAUUCGUACACUUUUGGCCAAUUGCGAGGAUUUGGCCAAGAAUGAGGAGAACUUUUGGCGCCUGCAGAAAUUCAUAAAAUCCCUAGAUACAAUGGUCACAGAACUUGCGGCAAUGAACGAUGACCAAAGUGCAUCAAAAAUCUCUAGCUAUACAGAACGUUUACAAGCCCUUAAACUGGCUACUGGCUAUGCGGACAAGACGACGAUAGCCACGUCCAAAGGAGCCGAGGAUGCAGGCGAAAAUGCCGUUAAGGAAAUGCGACAACUACAAAACACCAAGCAAUACAACGAUCUACGAAACGAUCUGCUACAGGACGGCGGUGCUGUCCGGCGGAGACGUGGACCUGAUGAGCAUGGCUCAUCAUCGAAUGGCUCUGCAUCCACCAGUGCUGCGGCUGCUGCUGCUAGCGCCGCUGGUGUCAGCGGUGACAAUAUGAACGAGGCUGUCAAGUAUUAUAACAAUGCCCAAACCAAGAUUACAGAGCAUAUGCUUUCGCUGACACGUAAUCUGAAAGAGCAAACAGAGGCUGCCAAUCGGAUAAUACGCAAGGACACAGAAGUUGUAUCGCGUUCCACAGGAAUGGCCGAUCGCAAUAUCAAUUCGUUGGGCAAAGAGGCUGAGAAAUUGGAGCAUCAUUCACGAAACGCCUACAAAUGUUCCCUUUGGCUUAUGAUUGUAUUUGUAAUAAUUACUUUUAUAGGCAUGGUUUUGUUUAUGAAGAUUAUGAAGAAAAAGAAAUAAAUACAUAGUUUUUACUUUGUGCCGCACUGAAAGAGAUAAAGAAACGGAGGGGCAGUGCUCUACGAUGGAAAAAGAGAUCAAAAGGUUAUCCAUUAAACAAUUUGAAAGACCGCUAAAA